UGCAGGCAUUUAUGCAGAUAAUUAGUAAUCAACGAAUCUUAAAAAAUCUGAUAGGGGACCAAUACUAUUAUUUUUCUAUCAGUUUAUCUAAAAUUCCUACUGUCUACUCUCAUAUUCUCAUAUACUCGUGUAUAUUCCCAGUCGUAUUCGAGGCUGUUAGUAUCGAAAAUAAUUAAUUAUGGCUUGGUACAAUUAUUUCACCAUCGAAAUACCGAUGAUGCUGAUGCUGUUUAGCUUCAUAUUGCAAGCUCCAAUCAUGACGAAUCUCUUCGUUUAUCGAACAUGCUACGUUAUACUUCAGUACAACAAAUCAGAUUGUGCACAACUCGGAAAGAACAUCAACAAUAUUACCAAAGUGCUGGAACCGAAAGUACAACCGACUGUUAAUCAAAUUAAUAUGGCUAACAACGUUAUUAAUACCUUCUUGCCUAUGAUAUUUUGCUUGUUCUUAGGAACUUGGUCUGAUAAGUUCGGACGAAGACCUUUUAUGAUUGCCUGUUUUGUAGGUGCGUUGAUGAACCAAGCAGUUAAUGUGAUAAUAAUACAUUUCAAAGAUUUGUCGCCAUGGUGGUUCACUAUGGGUUCCAUACCGUCGAUGUUGACUGGAGGAUUUGGGGCUUUAAUGAUCAUUAAUAAUGCUCAUCUCAUCGACGUGACUACAGAAAAAAACAGAAUAGUUAGAUUAACAGUAUUUGGAGCAGUAAGUAGCGUGUCGUCAGCUAUAGCUAAUCUAGUAUCAUCGUACAUAUUCUAUGCUACCAGCUAUCAAACUAUUUAUCUCAUAGGCUUAACUUUAAACACACUAGCCUCUGUGUAUGUGUUUUUUUUUAUACCAGAAUCUUUGAAGGAAGAAAAGAAGUCAUUUUCGAUAGAAGAGAUUAUGAAUUCCAUAAACGUAAAAGAUAUUAUAAAAUACACUAUCAGAAAACGGAAAAACAACGCGAGAUUCUACCUAUUUUGGUUGAUAUGCAUUCAUGUACUCAACGGCUUGGCUAUGGGCGAAAUGUCUGUAUUCACUCUAUACCUGAGAGCCUCAAAGUUACAAUGGACCUUGACGAAAAUCACUCUGGUACAAAGCGCAGUCAGUUUCGGAGGAAUAUUCGGCAAUUUAUUCGUGACCUAUGUUCUGCACAAAUUUCUACAUAUCAAGGACAUGUGGUUGGUCAUCUUGGGGAUUAUUAUGCGCUUGGUUGGGAAUCUUCUGCGAGGAUUCGCCACCAACGACUAUUAUAUUUACGCCGCUUACGUGGCAAAUUUCUUCGACAGUUUCCCGAUGCUCAUGUUAACAAUGGUUCUAGCGAAGAUGGUUUCCCCAGAAGAAAUGGGCAAAAUAUUAGCACUAAUAAGCGUAAUAAGCAGUCUCGUGAAUAUGCUAUCAAACGUCCUUUACCCGCUCGUUUACAACGCAACCAUCGAUUCCUUUAUCGGUUUGUUCAAUUUCGUAUCCUUCGGUUUUAACGUGAUCUCCGGUCUUGCCAUCAUAUUCUUGUUGAGGGUCAAUCUCCCGCACUUUUGUGCCGUCGAUGAGCAACAGGACAACGAACCAUCCGCGAAACGGAUGAGUUUAGCUGAAGCAGCGGCGACGAAUGAAUGGCAGGCCUGUCCUUCAGUGCAGACCUACGAUCUGAACAUGAAGAAAUUGUCCAUUACAACGUCCGUUGGGGAGAAUUUUUGAAUGUAAAUUGUGUUUAAAUAGCGUUGCAAGAUGUGAGCCCUUUUUUUAAGUUCGAAAAAUUUUUUUACCAGCAACGCUAGUAGUUCGGUAGGGACAAAUAUAUUACCUAAUUUAUGACUUCUGUAUUAUUUUAGUAAUGUUUUAUUUUGCUUAUAUUUAUCACUGAUAUUUUAUAUUCUUAAAUGGAUAAGGUGCAAUAUUUGUCUCUACUAAAGUGCUACAAAUUUGCUGUAUUAUUCUCAGGAAAAAAGCUCAUUAACAGAAGCUAUAGAGACUUGAAACUUUGAGCUGGCCUAUCCUCUUGUCUUUUGUCUGGUCACCCAUAUUUAUAAUUUAACCAAAUAAAAUUGAUCUCUUAAGCAAACAUUUUUUAUCUUAUUAUAUUAAAAAAAUCACAC